AUGCAUCCUCUGCAAGCACCUCCUCGUGCAGUCAUCUUCGACCUUGGCGAUGUCCUAUUCAAAUGGUCCGCCAAAACGAGGACAACCAUUCCCGCUCGAAAGCUGCGGGCCAUCCUCUCGACACCGGUCUGGAAUAGCUAUGAGCGUGGUGAGAUCACUAGGGACGCCUGUUACGAGUUGAGUGCUCAGCAAUUCUCCCUCCCGGCGUCUGAGAUCGCAGAGGCAUUCGUUCAGGCGCGAGCUUCUCUGCAUCCUGACCAUGACAUUGUUUCGUUUCUUGUUGAGUUGAGGGAGGAUCCUGCAAUUCAAGUGUAUGCAAUGUCAAACAUUGGGAAGGAAGACUUCGAGGAUAUCGCAGGAAAGACGGACUGGUCGCUUUUCGACCGAGUGUUUCCGUCGGCGGGAGCAGGCAUGCGAAAGCCAGAAAUCAGAUUCUACCGCCACGUCCUGGAACAGAUCGGCUUGGAGGGCAACCAGGUUGUCUUCAUUGACGAUAAGGAAGAAAAUGUACGCGCAGCACGAGCCGUGGGUAUCCGCUCAUUCGUUUUCGGGGAUUCGUGGUCGACAAUUCACUCGUUACGUGAGAUCUUGAUGCUGGAUAGCGCCGUCGGCAAGGGCUGGAGAUAUCUGUUCCGGAAUUCGAAUAUGUGUGACUCCAUCACGGACAACGGCGUCACCUUCGCCGACAAUUUCUCGAAACUGUUGCUUAUGGAUACGCUGCGGGACAGGUCCCUCAUCAAUUUGGAAUGGGGAACAAAGAAGCGGUGGAAUUUCUUCGCCGGCGAAGCAGUGCUCGUCCCAGGGGGCUAUUUCCCUGACGACCUUGACACAACAUCCCUCGCUCUGCAAGUCCUUCGGCCGUCGUCGGCCGAAACUUUGCUCGACACCAUGACCGAAUAUGUCAACGAGGAUGGUACUUUCCAGACGUACUUUGACCGUAACAAGCUUCGGGUUGAUCCAAUUGCCAGCGCGAAUAUCCUCGCUUGCUUCUACUCUUACAACCGCGGUCAUGAGUUCGAACGGACCCUGGAGCUGGUACGCUCCAUGCUUGCGGACCGUUCUUACAUGCAGGGGACCCGGUACUACACAUCCCCAGACUGCUGCCUCGGCUUCAUCGGACGCCUGCUCCGAUCGUCGAGCGAUGCCCAUCUCCAGAUGACGCUGGGUCCGCUGUUGAAAGCACGAAUGCGUGAACGAGUCGGUCUGGGCGGCAGCGCCUUGGAUUUGGCUUUUCGCAUCAUUACCUGCGCUCAGCUGGGGAUCGCGUGCGAGGGUGAUCGCCGCGCUUUGCGGGAGUUGCAAUCUGAAGAUGGGAGCUGGGAAGUAGGUUGGAUCUAUAAGUAUGGAUCGACGGGGGUGAGGGUGGGAAAUCGCGCGGUGACCACAGCCCUGGCGGUUGCUGCGCUUUCCUCUCCGGAAAUCGCUGCCCAAGAGAAUGGUUCACACAAGGAAGACGGUGUGAGCGAGCUCGGCAUGAACGGCGUGACCGUAGUUGCUCUCGAGGUAUGA